AUGGAAAGUCAAAGUGCAGGAAGCGAGGCAAAAUUGAUCCAGCUCCCUCAAAAGCGAUUCUACCGGCAGCGAGCGCAUUCGAAUCCUCUGGCUCAUCAUACCUUCGAUUAUCCUCCGUGUCCGAAUGAAGAGUACUGGGAUACUGUUUACCCAGACAGAAGAAAUCGUCAAGUAAGAAUUCUUGAUAUUGGAUGCGGCUAUGGAGGGCUUCUUAUUCAGCUAGCAAAGCAUUUUCCAGAAGAUCUUCUCUGCGGAUUAGAAAUUCGUGUAAAGGUUUCUGACUACGUAAAAGACCGUAUCAAAGCGCUGCAGCACAACGCAAAAGUAGAAAAAGCACCAGAAGCGGAGGACUUUUCAAAUCUCGGCUGUAUCAGAACGAAUGCGAUGAAGCAUCUUCCGAAUUUCUUCGAAAAGGGGCAGUUGUCGACGAUUUUCUUCCUCUUCCCAGAUCCUCAUUUCAAGGAGAAAAAGCACAAGUGGAGAAUUGUCUCGGACACGCUGUUAUCUGAAUACGCUUAUUUGCUCAAGCCAGAAGGCAGGAUUUACACGAACACGGAUGUCGAAGAUCUUCAUUUAUGGAUGGUUGACUGCUUGACGAACCACCCUCUUUUCGAACGAAUCCCGGACGAAGACCUCAAAGAGGACAUUUGCUUCAAAACCAUGUUCGAAGCGACGGAAGAAGGAAAGAAAGUGACCCGAAACGAAGGCUCGAAAUGGCCAGCUGUUUUCCGUAGAUUACCCAAUCCGGAAUGA